GGCGGCGGCGCCGGUGCCGGCGGGCGGCGGCAGGUGUGCGGGCGCGGGGCGGGCGGCAUGCGGCCGUAGGGCGGGCGGGGGCUGCCAUGGGCGGCCCCGGCGGCGGCGCGGGGCUGCCGGUGCCGGCGCUGCUGCUGCUGCUGGGGCUGGGGCUGCCGCUGCUGCUGGGGCUGCCGGCGGCCGGGCGCGCCGGCUCCAAGGCGCCGGCCUGCCAGGAGAUCACGGUGCCCAUGUGCAAGGGCAUCGGCUACAACCUGACCUACAUGCCCAACCAGUUCAACCACGACACGCAGGACGAGGCCGGGCUGGAGGUGCACCAGUUCUGGCCGCUGGUGGAGAUCCAGUGCUCGCCGGACCUGCGCUUCUUCCUCUGCAGCAUGUACACCCCCAUCUGCCUGCCCGACUACGCCAAGCCGCUGCCGCCCUGCCGCUCCGUCUGCGAGCGGGCCAAGGCCGGCUGCUCGCCCAUCAUGCAGCAGUACGGCUUCGCCUGGCCCGAGCGCAUGAGCUGCGACCGCCUGCCCGUGCUGGGCGACUCGGAGGUGCUGUGCAUGGGCUACAACCGCACCGAGGCCACCACCUCACCGCCCGUCGCCGGGAAGCCCACGCGCCCCGCCAAGGACGCGGGUAAAAACCUGACGCCGCUGAGCGGGCAGCGCCCGUCGGGGCCGGACUGCGGCCGGGCGUGCAAGUGCAAGGCGCCCCUGGUGCCCAUCUCCAAGGAGUCGCACCCGCUCUACAACCGCAUCCGCACGGGGCAGGUGCCCAACUGCGCCAUCCCCUGCUACCAGCCCUACUUCACCCAGGACGAGAAGACCUUCGCCACCUUCUGGAUCGGCCUCUGGUCCAUCCUCUGUUUCCUCUCCACCUCUACCACCGUGGCCACCUUCCUCAUCGACAUGGAGCGCUUCAAGUACCCCGAGCGCCCCAUCAUCUUCCUCUCCGCGUGCUACCUCUUCGUCUCCGUGGGCUACAUCGUGCGGCUGGUGGCAGGGCAUGCCAGCGUGGCCUGCAACCCCGAGCACCACCACGUCCACUACGAGACCACAGGCCCCGCGCUCUGCACCGUGGUCUUCCUCCUCCUCUACUUCUUCGGCAUGGCCAGCUCCAUCUGGUGGGUCAUCCUCUCCCUCACCUGGUUCCUGGCUGCCGGCAUGAAGUGGGGCAACGAGGCCAUCGCCGGCUACGCGCAGUACUUCCACCUGGCCGCCUGGCUCAUCCCCAGCGCCAAGUCCAUCGCCGUGCUGGCCCUCAGCUCUGUGGACGGCGACCCGGUGGCCGGGGUUUGCUACGUGGGCAACCAGAGCCUGGAGAACCUGCGGGGCUUUGUGCUGGCGCCGUUGGUGGUUUAUCUCUUCACCGGCAGCCUCUUCCUGCUGGCCGGCUUCGUCUCGCUGUUUCGCAUCCGCAGCGUGAUCAAGCAGGGCGGCACCAAGACAGACAAGCUGGAGAAGCUGAUGAUCCGCAUCGGCAUCUUCACCGUGCUCUACACCGUGCCGGCCACCAUCGUCAUCGCCUGCUACAUCUACGAGCAGCACAACCGGGAGGCCUGGGAGCGGGCGCAGAACUGCUCCUGCCCGGGCGACCCCCACCGCCCCAAGCCCGACUACGCCAUCUUCAUGCUCAAGUACUUCAUGUGCCUCGUGGUGGGCAUCACCUCCGGCGUCUGGAUCUGGUCCGGCAAGACCCUGGAGUCCUGGAGGCGCUUCUCGGCCCGCUGCUGCCGGGGCAGGAAGCCGGCGGGCGCCUCCGUGUGCGGCGAGGCCAGCCCCGCGCUGGCCGGCAGGACGGCGCUGCCCAGCCUGGCCCCCUACCACAAGCAGGUCCCGUUGUCCCACGUGUGACGGGAGGGAGCCGCUGUCAGCCCCACCGCCGGGAGGGAGGCUCGGAGGGGCCCGCGCCGGGGAGGAGGAGGCGGCGGCGGGAGCGGAGCGGGGAGCGCCGGAGCCCCUUAGCCGGGCUGGGGGGAGCUAAACGAGCCCGGGCGCCGCGGGGGGAACGGCCCCGCCGGAGCGGCCCGGGGCUGCGGGAGAGGGGGCCGGGGGCGGCGGUGCUCCUGCCGCGGGCCCGGUUCCUCGCCGGCGUCGCCCCCGCGCUGCGCGCUCUGCGGUCGCCUGCCCGGGCGGCGCGGCGCUGGGGUCCGGGGCACGGCUUUGGCUCGCUGCCGCGCGGCGCGGGGCUGAGCGGGGCACAGCCGGCGUCACCGGGGUGGGGGGGCUGCUUCUGACCCGGGCAGCGCGUGUGCGUUUGGGGGCACUUCGGAAGCAGGCGGUGGCUUUUGCUGGGCAUCAGCCGGGUCUGUCAGCGGUCCGGCUUCAGCAGCCCUUGCUGUGUUUCCAAGAGGUGCCUCUGCGGGAGCGCGCUGGGUUUGAGAGCCGGCGGUGGCUUUAGGGAAACCCAGCAGAGCCCUCGUCCUCCCUGUGCCCCAGCUCCGGCAGCCCCUUUCGCUUCCCCGGGUUUGGCAGCAGCCGAGCGCGGGCAGAGCCGGCGCGUAACGCUGAGGCACGCUGACCGGUGACCGGCACGGUGACCGGUGACCGCCGGGUUGCAAAGCAGGACGCAGGGGGCCGGGGCCAAGGUCGCCGAGCAGCAGCUGGGGAGGGGGCUCGGCCGCGGGGACGCUGGCGGCUCAUGCGCGGCGGCUGCCCUCAGCCCUCUCCUGAAAGCACCCGAGGUCCUUUUCCCUCCCUCUCCCCCCCAAAACGGUGCUCACGUGCGUAACCUCCCAGAGCACGCUUACGUCCCUUUUGGCCCAUUUCAAGAGCGGCACCGUGACCCGGACGCUCGAGCGGCAGCAAGCAGCAGCCAGCUCCGCUGCCGGCAGGGCUGCGGGGAGCCGCGCUCGCUCCCGGCGCCCUCGGCCACCUCCAUUGUAAAGGCAAAGCCCGGGAAGCGAGGGGCUGCCCAGCGGGGGCUGCCCAGCCGUCGCGCGAGCGUCUCUGCGGCGUGACGGGCCGAGCCGCCGGCAGCGCAGGGACGUGGGUCCCUGCAAUAACUUCAGACGCACAUGUCCGCGCUCUCGCGCCACGGCUCGCUGCAGUGCUUCAUCCCGGGCAGAACUGCACCGCCGUCUGUUACAGACUGUACAUAGCUGUGUUAUGGCCUGUUUUGUACAUACGGGGCUGUAGUGACCUUCGAUACGGGUUUGGGGCAGGUGUGUGCUCAUCGGCGAGGCGGUGCAGGCGCGGAGACGCUGCGGGUAGUCUCGUGUUGUAAUCCAGGGCAUUAAAUGACUCCGAACUGCUCCAAUCCACGCCUCGCCGGACUCGUCUUUCUCUAGUGCCUUUUGUAGAUACAGCUAAACACACAUCCUGCAAUACAAUGAACAAAACCGCGUCAAAAGAUUUUAUUUUUUAAGUGUAACUGACUGUGUAAAGCUUUUAUUUUUUAUUUUAUUUUUUUUAAUCUAAGAUUAACUGUUGCCUAUUGAAAAAUGCGAGACCAUGUUCAGCUUUGAUCUAAUGGUAGGUUGAUACAAUCAGCUUGUACUCGAGCCUGGCUCCUGAGCACCGAGUUACAGCCGGUGGGGAAGGAGCUGUUGUUUGGUGUCCUGUGUACUGUGCACAAAUUACAUGUCAUUCUUUUGCCUCUUCGGUUCCUGAUGCUGUUCAACUUCGUUUAAAUAACUGUAUUAUAUUUUGUGAAAAGCUGAAGAAAUUUUAUUCAAAGAGAA